UCACAGCGCACGCUCGGUGGUUCCAACAGCUAUCGUCAUCAGACUGAGUGAAAACGUAAACGAGAUAGCUAGCAAGAAUAUCUGUCUCCAUUUCAGUUUACGAUAUUAUCUGUUUAUUAUGGAGGAUAAUGUGGAAGGAGAAAGCGUGGGGUUCAAUGAGAACAGGAUGGCGCAGCCACAGUCUUUGCGAUUCCGAACCCCUGCUCCUCCCCCCACACCAGUCAUGCGAAAUCCUCCACCCCUGUUGAGACCCCCGCCUCCACCUUUCGGCGUUAUAAGAGGCCCCCCCCCUCCACCGAGACCUCCAUUUGGACGCCCACCUUUUGACCCAAACAUGCCGCCCAUACCGCCACCUGGAGGGAUGCCUCCACCAAUUGGACCCCCCCACUUGCAGAGGCCUCCUUUCAUGCCUCCCCCUAUGAGCAACAUGCCUCCACCUCCAGGAAUGAUAUUUCCCCCCGGAAUGCCUCCGGUCCCUGCAGGUGGGGGCCCCAAACUGCCCCCUUCAGAAGAGAUUUGGGUGAAGAAUACCACUCAAGAGGGAAAGGUGUAUUACUACAAUGUUCGCACACGGGAGUCAGCCUGGGCCAAACCAGAGGGUGUAAAGGUCAUCCAGCAGUCUGAACUCAACCCUCUGAUGGCCAAUCAGCAAGCAGGGUCAGGAGGAGCUGUGGCUACUAGCCCCGUGUGUAGCAGCAGCAGCACCAACGCCAAUAGCAGUGUCUCGGCCGUCAGCACCACGGCUCCCAUCAGCAUCUCCCCAUCCCCCAGCUCCACCCAGGCCCCCUCCCCCAGCCGCAACCUCAGCUCCAGUCCCGAGCUGGCCAACAGUCCAGCCCCAGCCCUGCCUCCACCGGGGCCAACUUCCGCAAUGUCAGAGAUGCCUCCUGGAGCCUCUGUCCCCUCAAAUGGGGGGCCGACACCCGUUACCGUGGUGACUGUCUCUGGGGUACCAACGUCAGUGACCCAAGUGCAGACAGUGCCCAUGAUGCCCCAGAGUCUCCAGGCAGGGAUGCCCCACACCAUGCCACAGCCCACAGCCACCGUGUCAGCCUUCCCUCCGGUCAUGGUGCCUCCGUUCAGAUUGCCUAUGCCAGGAAUGCACAUCCCUCUGCCUGCGGGAGGGGGACCCAUGCUAUCUGUGGGGAGACCACCGACGGUGGGUGAGAGUUCGCCACAUGCCUUCACCUCCCCACCGAUGACGAAGGGCCUGCUCGUCUUCCGUCCAGGUUUUUCUCACUCAUCUUGCUUAGGUAUGCUACCAGGCAUGGGCCCACCUUUAGUACCCAUGGUCCACCCACAGCUGACCCUAGCGGCUACACAGGCAUCCCUGGCAGGUGCCCUGUCUCUGCCUGAGUGGUCUGAGUACAAGACGAUGGAUGGGAAGACGUACUACUACAACAACCGCACACUGGAGUCAACCUGGGAAAAGCCCCUGGAGCUCAGGGAGAAAGAUAAGGAAGCUGAUAAAUCCAAAGAGAGGCAGGCUGUGGAGGACUCUGAGGAUGUAGACAUGGCUGAUCAGGAAGUCACCGUGCAGCCAAAGGUCGAGAUAAAAGAGGAGCCAAAGGAUGAGGAGAUGAGCGAAGCAGAGAAAGCUGCCCAGAGAGCCAAGCCUGUUGCCUCAAACCCCAUCCCUGGAACGCCCUGGUGUGUGGUUUGGACUGGGGAUGACCAGGUCUUCUUCUACAACCCCACUUCACGCAUCUCCUUGUGGGACAGGCCGGCUGAACUGGUCGGCCGAGCCGACGUGGACAAGUACAUCCAGGAGCCUCCACACAAGAAGACCCCUGAGGACGGACCAAAACCUGUUGUCACCAGGGAGAUAAAAGAGGAGGAGCCAGCCAGAGAGGAGAGUGGCGAGGAGGAGGAGCCAGUGCAGGCCAAGAGAAAGAAGAGCGACAAGAGGCCGCCACACAUCUCUGCUGCUGAGACUUCGCACCAGAUCCAGGAGGAACUUGCUCUGGAGAGCGAGGAGGACAACCACUCGUCAGAUGAAAGUGGUGAAGACAGUGAGGACGAACGUGUACACUUUGAGCUCCGUCUUGACCCCGCUGAGGAUAUUUGUGAUAUAAACGUGGAGAACACUGCACCAGCAACGCCAAAGAAAAAAGCACGGCGUCAGUCCAAUCAGGAACCGUUCUCAUGGAAGACAGAAACAGAUGAUGAUGCCGCUCCAUCAAAAAUGCGUUUUUUCCCUGCAAGGGAGCCUGGUGUGCAACUGAAUGCAGCUGACAAUUACACUCCUGUGGACCUCUUCAAAUUAUUCUUUUCAGAGGAUGCUGUGAAAACCCUCUGCCACAACACCAACAAGCAAGCUGCUAGGAGCAUAGCCAGAGGUGCAAAGUACAAAUGGGUGGAUGUUGGAGUUACUGAAUUCUACAAAUACAUUGGACUGAUAUUCUACAUGGGCAUGAUCAAGCUGGAUCACAUAUCUGACUACUGGAGGAGAAACACCAUCUUCUCCAUCCUUUUCCCGGGAGAGGUGAUGGCAAGGAACAGACACAGUACAAUAGCCUGGAAUUUGCACAUGAGCGACCCAGACGAGGAUAAAGUGAAUGAUGCCAAUAGGGGAACCUCAGCACAUGACCGACUGUUCCGGCUCAAACCCCUCAUGAACUCUAUCCAGCUUGCCUGUAAGGCAUUCUAUCAACCCCGCAGGCACAUCUCUGUGGAUGAGCGUAUGGUGGCCUCCAAGGGACAUACUAUGAGACAGUACAUGAAGGACAAACCAACUAAGUGGGGAUUCAAGUUGUUUGUGCUAGCAGACUCCUGCAAUGGCUACACUUUGGAAUUUUCUAUAUACACUGGAAAGAACACCAUACCCACUGGGAACGGCAUCUCUUAUGACUCUGUCAUGUCACUGCUUGACAGAAAGUAUUUGGGGUCUGGAUACUAUGUGUACAUGGACAAUUUCUAUACAAGCCCAAAGCUUUUCAAGGACUUGCUCACUUCUAAUUUUGGUGCUUGUGGAACAUACAGAGAUUCCCGGAAGGACUUCCCACGCAAUGGUCUCAAUGCACUGACAAAUAAGUCCCCUAGAGGAUCGUUCCGCUGGAUAAGGGAUGGUCCUCUUGUCUUUGUGAAAUGGAUGGAUACACAAGAGGUGUCUGUCUGCUCCAGCAUCCAUGCAGCCUACACUGGGGAUGUAGCAAAGAGAAAAGUGAAAUCCAAAGAGGGUGUCUUCGGCACACAGUUGUUUACAUGCCCCGCACCUGUGGCAGAAUACAACAAGUUCAUGGGAGGUGUGGAUUUGUCCGAUCAGUUGAUCCAGUAUUACACAACACAGCAUAAAACUGUGAAGUGGUACAGGAAACUUUUUCUUCACUUUCUGGAUAUUGCUGCAACAAAUGCCUACCUUCUCCACAAAGAACUCCACAUGCAAAACGUACACAAGGACAGCAUGUCCCACAAGGUUUUUAUGGAGCAGCUCAUUGCACAGCUGUGUGAUGUGCCCGUGAAGACUGCAAGGACAGCGGCUCCUGUAAGGAACGCCAGCCAUGUUCACAAGCCUGUUUGUGCGGUCGAGGAUGGGAAGAAGGCUCGUGAUAACCGCAAGGGCUGUGCAUAUUGCAGAUUGCAUAGGGGAAAAUACGCAAAAACCCUUUGGAAGUGCAAAGCAUGUGAUGUCUACCUUUGCCUUAUACCAGAGAGAAACUGUUUUGAUGAUUGGCAUCCUGAUGAGGACUGAUCAUUUCUGUAAUCUAUCGAGUAGCCGACAGCUGAAAAAGCCAUAUUUUUGAAGAGGCCAUAUUUUAUCCUGUUUUGUACAGUGGCUACAUUGGCUUUGGAGAAGAAUACUAAUAUUUAAUAUUUCUGAAUGCUCCAAUCACCUAUGUUUAGCUAACACCUAUGUUUUCAAGGUUCUAAGCUCAAAAGUCUUGGCCAGAAAUCUUUACUGUUUUUGAGCACCUCUGAAAGUAGGCGUUUACAUUUGAUUUAAAUUACAAAAUAUAUAUAUUAGUAAGCACACUACUGGUUUCCUAUCGAAGAAGCCUUGCGACAGAUUCAGAAAGGCCUUUCCUGGUGAACAACAGUGAAUACAACUUAGGCGGGCUUAUUUUUUUAAUUUAAUUUUACAGAAAUGAAAAUAAGACUGUUUGUGCGGUGUGCUUAUGUGGGGAGCAAUGCUGUCCGAGUGAAACGGAACCUUUAAGGAAGAAGCCGCGUAAAUGUCAAUCCAGUCCGCGAGUUAGAAAAGAAGCUGAUGAAAGACCAAAACAGACAUUGAUGCAGUGCCAGAAACACUGACGUUUCUUCCGGCGAAGGAGCCUGGUGUGCAACUGAGCACAGAAGAGUCACACUUCUUGGGAAAAUUCUUCUUCUCCGAGGACGCUGUCGAAACCCUGUGCAAAAUCAUCAUCAUCAUCAUCAUCAUCAUCAUCAUCAUCAACAAGCAAGCUGCCAGGAACAUACCUUUACAUUUAGUCAUUUAGCAGACGCUUUUAUCCAAAGCGACGUACAAAGGAGAGAACGAUCAAGCUACGAGCAAU